AGUGUCUGGAGCAGGAAGUCAGAGCCGUCGCUCCAUGAGUCCGACGGAGGGUUAUUCAGAGGAUCCGACAAAUAUGACUUUGCUGUGGAAGUUGCUGCUGCAGGAGAGGAGUGUUUCUGGCACUUUGCACACCAGAGUGGAAGCUUCUACCUGUCCUACAUGGUGCAGUGGGUGACGGGGAUAGCCAUCGAUCACCGGCUGUUUGUGACGGUAAACUCACCGCAGGGCGACCUCAUGGUUUCCGAAAACGCCCCCGUCGGUCAAAUGAACUUCCAGACCGAGGUGACAG